CUUCUACCCACUUUGGCCCCCUCCAUUCACCUCCACCUACACUCUAACCACAACCAUGCCCUUCAACACCGCCCUCACCCGCAAACUCGGGAUCCGCAUCCCCGUCGUGCAAGGCGGCAUGCAAUGGGUCGGCUACGCGGAAAUGGCCUCCGCCGUCUCCAACGCCGGCGGCCUCGGCAUCCUCACCGCCCUCACCCAACCCACCCCGGAAGACCUGCGCAAAGAAAUCCAACGCUGCAAAACCAUGACCCAAUACCCCUUCGGCGUCAACCUCACCCUCCUCCCCGCCAUGGUCCCGCCGGAUUACGGCGCGUACGCGCAAGUGGUGCUGGACGAGGGGAUCCGGAUCGUGGAGACGGCGGGGAAUAGCCCGGGUCCCAUCAUCAAGAAACUCAAGGAGGCGAACCCGCCGUGCGUGAUCUUGCAUAAAUGUACCACCAUCCGCCACGCCAUGAGCGCGGUGAAGCUGGGUGUAGAUUUCCUCUCCAUCGACGGCUUCGAAUGCGCGGGCCACGUGGGCGAGACGGACAUUACCAACUUCAUCCUCCUCAGCCGCGCGCGCCAGACCAUGCCCGUCCCUUUCAUCGCCUCCGGAGGUUUCGCAGACGGACAAGGUCUCGCUGCCGCGUUGAGUCUGGGCGCGGAGGGGAUAAAUAUGGGCACGCGGUUCAUGUGCACGGUCGAGUCGCCCAUCCAUCAUAACAUCAAGCAGGCGAUUGUCGAGGCGCAGGAGACGGAUACGGAGCUUGUGCUGCGGAGGUGGAAGAAUACGAGUCGGUUGUUCAAGAAUAAGGUCACGGACGAGGCGACGAGGAUUGAGCGGGAGAGCACGACGGGGAAGUUUGAGGAGGUCGCGCCGUUUGUGAGCGGGAAGAGGGGGCGUCAGGUCUUCUUGAAUGGUGACAAGGAUUUCGGCGUCUGGACCGCGGGCCAAGUCAUCGGCCUCAUCCACGACAUCCCCACCUGCGAAGACCUGCUCAGCAGGAUUGAACGGGAGGCCAUUGAGACGUUGUCGAAAGCGUCCAGUCUUAUCGUCGACAAGCAGCCCGAGCCGGACAUCCGGGGCAAGCCGAUCGGUGAUAUCAAGUCGGAUCCGCGAAGUGAUCAUGAUAAGAAGGUACCGGGUGAGGCGCAGAUAUAUGAUAUUGGGAAGGCGAAGCUGUAGUUAAGCACGCUUAAUCCGUUUGCUGCAGUGUUGUGUCGAUAUGACUACCUUUGUCUCUCGGCCACGUAUGGAGGGGGCAUAAUUGGGUGGGAAGAGUUGAGGUCUACAAUGCACAUCCCGCUCAGGCAACGGUGACAAAGGUGCCCACAC